UCUACAACAACCUGUCAGAUGACGAGCUGAUUCUGCUGGCUAUCGAACGCAGCCUCAGUGAUGCCCACAAUGCCACUUCACCGGGUGAAGCCAGCAAUACCCCAACAGCUCUAGGCAGAAGAACAGUCCAAUAUAGGACAAAUCCAUCCCCAACCAGGCCAAACCCACCAAGGCAGGAACCAAGACAUAGGCCGCCUACUGCCAACCCAACUGACGUGCAAUGGAAAGCGCAUGCUGGCAUAGCACAGAGGUGACGGCUCCAUUCAGUACGUGCCCGGGGACAGAGGAGAUACAAACCUGCUGGGAAUGAUCUGCUUGAAGGGAAAUUCCACCACUUUCACUUUUCAAGAUAAGAAAAUGGCAAAUACAACUGAAUAAUACUGCACAACAAUGAUUUUCUAAAUCUGCAUCAAGUUUCUAGCCAUGGGAGGGGAGGGGAACCUUUUCCUGCUCACCGUGUCAUCACCAUUCUAGUAGUGUUUAGAAAUCACUGCUUUUAAAAAUGUUUUCAUCAAAUUGCACUUUUUUAUCUUGUCUUUUAACCACAACGCCAUUUUCACAAAUGUAGACAGUGCUAUUGUGCUCGAGAUAAAGUGGUGGAAUUCCCCUUUUAAGGUAACCAAUGUUUUUUCCAACACCAUAAACCCUAACUAAGGAUGAGUGUAUUUUGUUUUAAUCCACUAUCCAUAACUCAAAGUUACCUAAUUCAAAAAAUUAUCACUGUCAGAGUUACUGAGUUUCAGAAUGAUCUGGAUUUCCGCUUAAUGUCUUGUAUUGUACAUGUGGGCUAGAGGAAAAAAAGCAAGUGGAUGAUGAUGGGUAUGUUUGCCUAUUAGGGAACAGGACGCUAUUGUGCAAGCCAUCCUGAAUGGUGAUGUCACUACGGUUCAAGCUAUGGCUAAAAACACUGAGAAUAACAUACUGUGGCCUGACAAGUAUGGAUGGAUCCCGCUGCACGAGGCUGCAUAUUAUGGCCAAGAUCAGUGUGUCAGGGUUCUUCUUGGGGCUCAACCUAGUAUGAUUAACAAGUGUGACCUGAAAGGCCAGACUGCUCUCAUCUUGGCGGUGUACAGGGAAAAGGUGGCCUGUGUAGAGAUGCUUCUGGAGAAGGGGGCUGACCCAGACCUCGCCAACAAGGACCGAGAGACCCCACUCUACAAAGCUUGUGAAAGUGGUAAUGCUGAGAUUGUGGUCAUGCUUCUGAAUCACGGUGCUGUAGUGAACAAACACUGCAUUCAGGGCUGUACAGCUCUCCAGGAGGCUGUGAGCCGCAACAACGUGGAGAUCUGUGAGAUCUUGGUCCAGGCCGGGGCGAAGCUCAGCCCAACCAACAUGUACGGUAUCGCGCCCCUGUUUACUGCAGCCCAGAGUGGACACAAGGAAACACUUCGAUUUCUCAUUAAACACGGUGCUGAUAUCAACAGUGAGGCAAGUGAUGGGGCCACCGCUCUGUAUGAAGCAGCUAAGAACGGCCAUAAGGACAUUGUGGAGCUUCUUCUUUCUCAGGAUGCUGAUGCCAACAAAGCGGGCAAUAAAGGACUUCUGCCACUACAUAUUGCUGCCCAACGAGGAGCUGAUGGUAUUGUGUCAUUGCUGAUCAAAGUCACCAGCAAGUACAGAGUGAAUCGCAGUGGAGUCAGUCCCCUCCACCUGGCCGCAGAGUGCAACAGGGACGCAGUUGUGGAGGUCCUGAUUGAGGCCGGCUACGACGUCAACGCCAUGCUGUCAGAUGACCGCUCCAUGAUGUACGAGGACCAUCGUAGCACGACUCUCUACUUCGCCGUCGCCAACGGCAACGUGGAGGCAACCACCAUGCUUCUAGAAGCCGGCGCCAUCCCAAACCUGGACACCUUCAACCCGCUACUGGUAGCAUUGAGGCAGGGUAGUAUUGAAUUGGUCACUUUGCUGGUGGAGCACGGUGCCAAUGUCAACGCCUACGUACCCACUCACCCCACCUCAUUCCCGGCCACCCUCAUAUUCGGUAUGAAGUACCUGUCUAUGCUGAAGUAUCUGAUGGACAAUGGCUGCGACGCCCUUUCCUGUUUUAGUUGCACUUAUGGCAGUGGUCCACACCCACCACAUCAGGAGACCUCUGAGAGGGAUGACUUGCGCUACAAUACCAAUACAUGCAGAAGUACUGGGGAACCUGUUCAGUUCUGUGAGAUAAUCUCUACUCGCUGGGCAGGACCCAUCAUAGAUGUACUCCUGAAUUACGUUGGCCAUGUGAAACUCUGCUCCAGACUUACUGAGCACCUAGAUAGCUUGGAGGACUGGGAAGUCAUCAAAGAGAAAGCAACGCAAUCACGUCCACUGAUGCAGCUGUGCAGGCUGAAGAUUCGCCAGCAGGUUGGAAUCCACAGACUGAGGUGCAUAAAAAAAUUGCCCCUCCCACCACGACUAAUCAAGUACCUCAACCACGAUGAGCGCAACCAAGAAAAUGUUUUGUGAAUAAUAGUCUAUGACAUUAUAGUCAAAGUAAGAGAUGAUGAGGGACUACAGCACAAAAUCUCUUGACAUAAUCAGUGCUUUUGGUGUGAAUCUUUUUACUCAUAUUUGAGCAGUAAUAUAGAGCAGUGCUUACCAACAUGGGGUACUGCAGGUGGUCCUCAAUUUAUUAUUAUAUUAUUAUUAUUCAUUUAUAUUUUUCUUCCAAACAUAAUACCAUAGGGGUAUUAUAAGCAAUUGUACAUUACUUUUUACAAUGCAAAUUGUGUUGCCCCUUAAAUUACAGAUUUGGACACCGAUAAACACCUAAAUUGGAACAGUAACAUGCUAUACAUUACAUUUCAUUACUUUACUUCUAAUGGUUUGGGACACCUGGGACAUCAAGUGACAAAAACCUCCAGGGGACCAAAAACAUCCUUGGGGACAACAGGAGGCUGCUGAGGGGGGAACGGCUCAUAAUAAUGGCUGGAACGGUGCAAAUGGAAUGGCAUUAGACACCUGGAAACCCAUUCUCCCCAAUUAAGGUGCCACCAACCUCCUGUGUUGGGGAUGUCCCCGGGACAAACCGGGAACUAGACAAAACCUCCAGGAGACCAUGACACAACGUCCCAAGAAUGACCUAAAAAACGUAAUUUGGGAUGUCCUGGGACAAACCGGGAGCUAGACAAAACCUCCAGGGGACCAUGACACAACAUCCUGACCACUUUAGGUGUCCGUUUCAUGAUGUUCCGGGGACAUCCUAAUGACAAGUUUUUGUUUGCAGGGUUAAUGUGAAAAGGAGGGGAUGCAGGGCUCAACGGCACAACUAGGAGCUCUUCUUUGAGUCAUAAAAGUGCAUUGAAAUUAUUUAGGAACUGUGCAAACUUUGGAGAGGUGUAUGGCCACUUGGAAACACCAGUUAGACCUCUCACUCAAACCCUUGUAAUUUUUUUGUCUUAUGUUGCACCUACCCCAAAUUUUCCACGAAUAUUCCUGUCAUGUUACUGAAUGUAUCUAGAGUAUUUUCAGAUGUUGUUAAUAACAAAUGCUGCAACAAGUAUGGUAAAUGUAAAAUGCACUUAAAAUGUCAUGAUUGGAUUCAGUCUCUUGUCAGGUCAACUGUUGUCUCCUUACCUUUAGUCUAAUCAUUUUCCCAUAAUCUCCAAACUGUUCCCUUAUAUUUGCUACCAUGGUUAUGCAUAUGCUUUCCAUAUUUCUUAUGUAAAAAAAAAUUCAAUUUAGCCCUAUCCAUAUAGGCCAAUUCCCACAAGUGUAAAGGCUUUACAAACAUUAAUCUGUAAUAAUAGUCCUUUAAUCUGUUACAUUCAUUGAUAAAAUUGACUGCUAAGAUAUUUUAAGUUAAAGAAUUCUGUGACUCUGCAAAUGGUAGUCCUUUUGAAGAUGAUUUGGUGGUCCCCAGAACAGAAAAGGUUGGAAACCGCUGAUAUACAGUACAAUACAGCACAGCUAGGGUUUACGAUUAAACUUUAAGAUCAGACUAAGGUAGACUUACCAAGUUGGUAGCACUUUAUUUUAUGCUUUGGGACAUUACUAGGUACUAGUAUUUACUAUUAUUUAAAUUCCUACGUGUUUGCAAGUACAUAGUAAAAUGGUAAUUACACAUAAAUAACCUAUGAAUUAUUUAUAUGUUUCAGUUGUGAGAGCUUUUAAUUAACUAUACAAAUGAGAGCAGCCUCAGAAGCUGAAUUAUGAAACAAAUAUGUGAAUGAGUUUUUGUCAAGCUUUGGAAAUUUGCCUGUUUGCUUAUUUGAGUGUACAGUAAUUUUGGGGCAUUAUAGAACCCUGGCUAUAGUGCAGGCUUUUUUCAUUCGUUUAGCGUUAGUUGAGGUGUUAUAAUGUCUUAUUGAGAAUGGUAUAUUCAAUUUCUCAAUGGAAGAUAAAUAAGAAAUAGAUACAUCAAUGGCUUUUUGUCAAGGUUUUGAUAGCUACUUAUUUGAUUUUAUAGUAUUUUUGGGGCAUCGUUGGACCCUUUUAGGCUGCCUUAUAAGUACAUACAUUGUGUUUUUGUAAAUAUUUGAUUUGAACAGUUAUCAAAGUUGAGAGUUUGAACAUAAAUGUUUAAAGCAUUACCUGACAGUAAUUGUAGUACCAUCAUCACAGUAAAGAUUGAGAAUAUGAGAGGGAAACAGUAGAUGUAAUUUGAUAUUUGGUGUUGAUUCACUUAAAUAGAUUUCAUUGCAGUAUUUGUAGUAUUUUGUAUGAUCUCUGAGGUAAGGGUCUCCUUUUUCUAGUAAUUGGGUAUAUUUUUGGUGACAAGGUGACAAUUCAAUCUUGUGCUAUUUUGCCUGUGAAAAAAAUUCAAUAAACAUCAUAUCCAUUUUCA